AUGUCUAUGCUUUAUGCUUUACAGGAGGGAGACUACGAGAAAGCUGCUCAGCACUUUUGCAUGGCCUUGGACUUGAGACCUGGGUUCUUGCAAGACUUGCCGGCAAGAUUGCCGACAGUUCGCUGUUCGGAGGACCAUACAGCCAGUGUUCGCUUUUCAAAAGCACAGUUCUAUCUCAAGUUCUAUCUCGGUGGUCCAUCAGGAUCAGGGCCGGUGCACUUGGUAGCUCGCCGUGGCUUGGCAGAUGCGUUCCUUGGACGAUCUCUGAGCUUUUUGGUGAACGGCUUUUGUUUAGCCGACAUUCAGGCCCUUCGCCAAUACAGCCGUGCCAUCAGCGACACUUCGCAGGCAAUAGAGCACCAGAUGGAACAAACGAAAAGGGCAGGAGAAGAAGCGCAGGAAGAACCAGAGGAAGAACAGGAUGCAGAGCUCCAAGAACAGCUCUUCGAGGGACCUCAGGAGAAGUCACCGGAGAGGAGUGUUGAGGAGACUGAGGGGACUGAGGAGACUAGAGGCUUGGAUGCUUUUGGACAACCCAUCCGUGGAAGGGAAGAAGAGCAGCUCAUGGCUGAGCCCCAACAGCUCAGGGCUUUUCUGGUUGAGCUUUUGAUGCGUCGUGCCUUGGUGCUGCGCCUGAUGGGGAAUCUGGAAGCGGCCGGCAGCGACUUCUUGGACGUCUUAGAGCUUGAGCCUGAGGAGGGCUUUGCGCUCUUCUGGUAUGGUAAGAUCCUGAUUGAGCAGCAGAGACACCAAGAGGACCGGAGUUGCUAUGGGCCAUGGCAGUACGGCAAAUAUUCUUCAACUCCUUCAGCUCAAAGAGCUUUGCAUUUGUUCUUCCUUCAGUGGGCACGCUGCUGGCGACAGGCUGCAUCUUAUCUUCACGCUUCCAUUGAGCACCAUGAGAAGACCCGAGUGGAUAUGUUCGGCUGCAGUGGCUUUGAGUGGCAAAGCACGCGAUCCAAAGAAAGCCCUGAGCCAUUGACCAAGCCGAUCAAAAGUAAGCAAACGUUACGCAUAGGCCCGGUGGCUGGCUGCACGGACUCUGGUGAAGCGCUUGCCUCUGGUGAAGCAUGGGUUGUACCUUCCCUGCUCUUCCAACUGCGGGUGACGGCGUUGUGUGACCUUUGCCGGUGGGAAGACGCUGUUGCAGAUUGUCGGCAAGCUUUAUUGGUUGAUCCUGGUGACGAAGCCAUCCAAUUCACCAUGCAUGUCUCUGCUGGAAUCUUGAAGUUCCAAGAGUUGAAGUUCGAGGCAGCCAUCGGCUGCUUCACCAAAGCCCUGCGGCUGCAGCCGGUGAAUGUGCAGACGCGCUUGCACCGAGCCAUUGCAUUGGCCUGUGCAGCCUGGGAUCGUGGGAAGGAGGGUGCGGCGCCAGAGAAUGCGCGAGUGGUUCAACUGCUUACAGAUGCAGUACAAGAUCUGGAGGCAGUGGACCAACAGGCGAUGAUUGCCGGCCUCUCAGCCCCAUUGGGGGCCGCACACUUGAGGGCAGCCUGUCUUUGCAGCCUGGGCCGGCCAGAUGACGCCUGGGAGGCGCUCUGUGAGAGUGGCAGGCGCUGCUCUGGCCGUCGCUCCAACGUGGAAGGUCUGGACCUUGUUGACUUCUCUGAGUUUUCGCUGACUCUUAGGUGUAUUGCUGUACGUUACGUGCAUGUGUAUUAUAACAUACAAUAUAUAUAG